UAAUUCAAGCCGCGACGUGCAUCGUUCUUCAGGCAGGACCGAUUGCAUCGAUUUCCCGCGACGCAGCGGUCGAUUUUGAAUUGUAAUUACCGCAUUCAUCUCGCGUAGCACGUAGCACGCUUAAGCACACUGCAACGGCAACAUACAUGCCGCAUCCCGGUGCAUCUACAUAGAUGUAAUCCGUGGACCGGUAACUUUGUUGGAAGUAAUUUUCGCCGAGUAAGAAUAAUUUCGUGUUCACACGUCGCUUGGAGCUUUCGUCAGUCGAAGUUAGGGCGCUGUCUAGGCUGGAGGUUAGGGUUGGCUGGAGUCGAGAGAGGAGCCAUGGAGGUUUGGGGUUAACGGUAUGGUGGUACUGGCGACGACGGUGGUGGUGGUGGUGAUGGUGGUGGUAUGGUAUGAUAGUGGUGGUGGAAAUGGUGGUGGUGAGAGAGCAACUGCGCAGAUCCCAAAGUCUUUCAGCCGCGAGUACGUAGGCAAACUCCGAUUCAGUAAGGACUGACUGUUCCCGUUUGCAGUGCAGCUCGAAAUCUCAGGGAGAAACCGCGGUCUUUCGUCCUCUCUUUUUCCUUCUCUUUCUCUUUCUGUCUCUGUCUUCCUAUCUUUCUAUCCACUCUGUCUUUGUUUUCCGUCUGUACCAUCCUACUCUAGCCAUCCACUCUGCUUCUCUCGCGUCUUUUGUUGUUAGUUUCCCUCACCGCGGCAAAGUACGUGCUUAACUUUUUCCGUUUGACCGACUGUCUGUCUGUCUCUGACACGAAGUUCGUGGCACGAACUACUGUUUCGAUUCUUUUUCGAAGCCAGUCCGGUACACGCUAGAUUGCUGUUCGCGGACCAAUGUACUACACGAGCGAGCGGGGCUCGUGUCUCGCGCAAAUUCCGACUGUUCCCCAUGGUUAGUCACGUGGCUGGCCAGUGAUUCGAGGAAAUCUGGUUGGCUUCGUUUCGGGAUACCGUACGAACGGUGCGUUCCGGAUGAAAGGUGCGUGUGCCAGUUGAUCAACGCUCGUUCGACCGUUCGACUCGGCUCGUGCAACUGGGAAUCGAAGUCGCGAGGACGUGUGUGCAAAAUCGACGGUGGACCGCAGGUCGAUGUGCACAACUCUGGAGAGACGUACUGAAACUCCACGUCUGUCGGUGGCAGUUCCAGUCGAGGAGGAGUUCAUAUGGAAUGGCAUCACGUGGUCCGUCGACGACGACGCUGCCAACCGCGAUAGCGUUGGCCGUCGCGAUGUCAGUGAUGGCGAACGGUCUUUGUCCAACGCAAUGCCAUUGCGACGACGAGAGCUUGCACGCGUCCUGUGCUUACGCGAGCCUCGAGGUUGUUCCGAUCCAAUUGAACCCGGAGAUCAGACACUUGGAUCUGUCCAACAAUCGUGUCGGCAAUAUUCACCUGUCGUUUGGUUUCUACGGUAACCUGGAAACGCUUGAUCUCACGUCGAACGCUAUCCACACGUUGGGCUCGGACAAUUUCGUCUUCCAAAAGAAUCUGGUCACAUUGAACGUAAGCGGUAACGCCGUCAGAGCCUUGGCCAAGAAUUCCUUGCAAGGUUUAGACUCUUUAAAGGAAUUAAACUUAGCCAGCAACAAUAUCUCCGACAUGGACGAGCAAGCGUUCAAAGCCACUAGUGAACUAGAAAUCUUGAAUCUAAGCGACAACUCGAUCACCAGUUUGCCAGAAGGAUUAUUAAAGAAUCUGCACAAAAUCCGCACGUUGAUCUUGCACGGUAACUUUCUGCUAGAAAUCCCCACCGACAAUUUAGCUCUGGCUCCGAGCUUGGAGAACGUCGACCUAUCCGACAAUUUGAUCCAAGAACUUGACAGGGACUCGUUGCCGUCGUUGCCCUUGUUAGUAUCGUUAAACCUGGCGAACAACGUUAUCAGGAAUAUCGCUGACGACGCGUUCGACCGACUACCUGACCUACUGCACCUAGAUCUAUCCGGAAACAAUCUGACAUCCGUACCCACGUCCGCACUGGCUAGGCUGAACGUUUUAUCAAACCUGAUUCUUAGUCGUAAUCCACUAGGUACUUUAGAAGCCGGUGGAUUUCGCAAUCUAUUUGAGCUAAGAAGCCUGGAGCUGAACGAUUGCACGAUCAUUAGCGUGCACGCGCGAGCGUUCGCUGACAACGUGAACCUAGAACGAAUCUCGUUGGAUGGUAAUCGAGGUUUGAAAGAGCUACCAGCAAGGGUUCUCUAUAGCGCCAGAUAUCUGAAAUGGGUCUCUCUACGUCGAUGCAGCCUGUCGACCCUGCAGCCCACGCAAUUCCCUGUGGACGGCCUGUCGUCUCUUCGCGUCGGUGGCAAUCCCCUGGUCUGCAAUUGCUCUGUGCACUGGCUGUGGAACGUUAUCAGAGCGGAAGAGCGGCGGAACGAGUCGAGGCUCGAGUUAGAUACUCACGAUAUCAUCUGUACCGACGAGGAAUUCGCUGGGAAAGCCCUAAUCGCUCUGUCGGAGGGUUCGUUGCGGUGUCGGCUCAAUCCUCUCUAUCUGUCGUUGUCAGUAGCCGGUUGUGUAGCCGCGACGGCGACCAUUAUGGCGCUGAUAGCGCAUCUGACGCGGUCCAAGAGGAAGAAACGUCUGGCGUACACGGCGCCCAAUCGACCGGAAUUCCUUGUCUACGUGGGCAGGAACAACGACGAACUGGACAAGAAUGCGGAAUCGUACAGCAGACGGCUGUUGGCUCGGAACGAGGACACGCCGUACGAUACUCCACGCGGGAAGCCAGGACAAAGAAGCCCGCAACCGCAGGAUACGAAUAUCUACGAGACGCCUAGGUACACCAGACCGACGACUAAUCGUCGCGAUACUGGCACCGAUCCGACGUUUACCAGGCAGGCGGAAGAGGGUGUAUACGCUGUGGCUGACGUCACCGAUCUUCGCGACGAACCACCGGAAGUGCUGUCGCUUUAUCGCAUGCAGAGCCCCGCGGCUCCCAGAUCGAAUGUUCACCGACUGGACUAUGGUUAUGACUACGAGUACGAUUACGAUUACGAACCGCCGCUUCCGCAAAAACCUCACGUGGUGUUCGUUUGAGAGAACGGCAGCGUCUUAACGCUGCCCGAUCUGUGAGAACAGAGAUGGUUUUCAACCCUCUAGAGAUUACCGAGAUCCGUAACACGAAGAAACCGAGCCGCUAGCUCUUCGUUCAGGGAGAAGAUACUUUCCGAAUCCCACGGAGAAGAUUCAUAGAGGAAAUGGAUUACCUAGUGACGCGUGCUAGUUUCGUCUUGUACUUCGGUCACGUCCGGGGAUUACGGAAGAAAUUCCAGUAGCGACAGUCUCGCGCGCUAGAUCUAUCGUUGUUGCGAGCUAGUAGCGAACAGAGGGAGGGAGGAGGGUGCUUUGGGCAAGACCCUAAUAGGGCUGGAUCUAUUGUGACUGAUUGGCCAAGAUCAAACGUGAUACGGUAAUCCUUCCUUCACCGAAAGUAUCGAUUCUGUCGUUCAUAAGAGGUAUGCAUGGAGUUGAGGCAUACUCUCUCUUUCUCUCUCUCUCUCUCUCUCUCUCUCUCUCUCUCUGUCUGGUCCUUCUCUCUGUCCGAUGAAAGUUAACGCGUUGCUCGCGGAUGGUAGAUCGGUUCGAAUCAUUCGACUACGGAUAUACUAUGCCCACCAUAGAAUCUUCAGCAUCAUCAAGAGAAUAGCAUUCCAUCGUCCAUCGCGCAGAAACGGGGACAGAUGGUGGACUAGACUCGUGGUGGACGAGCUGAAAAUGAAAUGUCUUCCGAGAGAUAGUCGCGCCGCUGGAGAACAGCAGAAUGCAUUUUCGCUGGGGGAACGCAAUCUGACUCGGAAUGUAAAUUGUACGGCGCAUAAACGUGGCCACCGUUGUAUUACACAGGGACUGGGAAUAGGGAGGCUACGGGAACGUAUUUAUUUUCACGGAUUGCGUCGGAUUCCGUUGGUUCAGUGCAAAUGCUGGGCGCCGUGUUCCGAGGCGGGCGUUCAUUUCGCAUUUAAACGUAGUGACAAAUCAAAUCAAAGCAGCGUCUCGUUAGUCCGUUUAAACCCUCCCUAGACUAGCAUCCCAAGAUUACUCUUCCUCUCUCACUCGCGUCUUCACCAAACGUGUAUCUGUCUGUCCUUUUCUUAACCCUAAUUUCGCUUUUCCCCUCUUUGUUCGUUCGUCAUUCCUUUAACUGUCUGUCUAUCUUCGUCCACGUUUCCCUUUGUCGAUUCACCGUUCGAACAACUGUCCGCGUCCUUUACAGGAACAUUGACAAGAUUUUUGCGAGACGGUCGGCUACCUCAAGCACAAGCGAUUUACAUAAACGAGAAACGAGUUGAAAGAAUGAAGGAUCGCUGGGCGUUGUUAAGUCCGCAUUCCUUCAUCCUUUCGUUCGCUGUUUCUUUAUCUUUCUCUUAUCUGUCUUUAUAUCUUUGUAUAAGGCGUAUACACACACUUACAGAUACGUGUAUUAACGAACACACACGCGAAGCAUAACCACACGUUAAAACAUACACCGAAGGGAGCAAAAGACACAAUGUUAGAAUUCGUAAAAACUGGACGGUUCCUUUUUCCUUUCCGCUUGAACCCGCUGAAGUCGAGUGAAGAGGGCCGUUUUCAGAUGAACAUUGUAAAUUGAAGCAAUAAUAGACGCGACCUUUACUAUUAGGAAACACAUUACGAUCGCACCGAGGUAUAUUUAGACACAAGAAUUUCACGUUUAUACAAACUUAAGCGCACUAUAUAUAUACAUACAUAUAUAUAUAUAUACAUAUACAUAUAUAUACAUAUAUAUAUAUACAUAUAUAUAUAUAGUGAUGAUAUAUACAAAUGAUAUAUAUAUAUAUUUAUUUAUUAAUUUAUGAUGUUAAGUUUGGAAAAGAUGUUACGUUUUGAAUACGAAAAAAAAGAAUAUACUUGAUGCAUCAACAAGAACAUGCGUACGUAUCCAUCACGAAGCAUUGAUCGAACUUUCGAAUUCGUGUAUCAAUGUGUACGAGUAUGGUUUCAAUCGUAAGUAACUGGACCUAUAAUAAUAAUCAUAAUAGAUUUUAUUUAUUCAUCCUGCAUCGUUUAUUAUCAGAGGCUAAUUACCAUAUUUAAUUUAGACCUAAAAAAUAUAAUAUAUGUAAAACAGAAAAGAAAUUGGCAGAAGAUAUCUAAGUUAAGAAGCAAUCUAUCUCAAAUGUAAAUUCGUUUAAAUUAUUGAAAUUAUCCUAAAUUUAUUAAGUGUCCAGCGACUUAUAGAGGGAAAUAUAUUUUUUAUUUACAUAAAUGUACAUUGUGUAUCCAGAAAAUCGUAAUUCGUGACACGUAAUGUGUCGCAAGGAUUAUUACGCGGACCCGUUAGUACGAUGAUCUGGAUAACUCGGCCGUGUGCGUAUUGCCGUCGUUGUGCGCGUCCUCGAAACGCAACGCGUCUAGAAAUUUAAUGGAAUAUCGAAUUCCUGCUGAUUAAAGUCUCCAAGCGCGAUGGCUCCUCGAAGUAGAAGGUCGAAAGUUAAAUAUUCAAUUCGCCACGGUAAACCUUCUCCCGAGCCUUCGUUCGCUCGCUCGAAAACCUCGGAUUGCUGUAAGAUUUCGGGAAUAACAAUUCCAUCGUGAAUUUGUCGGAAUAAUAGCGCCUCGAUUCGCGGAACGAGGUCAGAGCGAACAGUAUUAUUCUCUUAGAAUGUCACGUUCGAUUGGCUUAGGCGAUUUUUUAUUAUGUUUAUCUUCUAUCUAAAUAUCAAGAUUAAAUGGAUGAUAGAUUAGAUCGACUGUUUCGAGUUAAUUAAGUUUUAUUUAAGAAUAACUUUAUUUUAAUAAUACAUACAUAAAUUCAAUUACUUAAGAAUUUAAGAUGCCUUGUGAGAAAAAUGAAAAAUCAUUCGAUUUUAACAAAAUAGAUAAAAUUCGAUUGUUGAAACUUAAAAGUUAAUUCGUCUUAUAUUUAAUUACACCUUUUUAUCAAAAAUAUAACUUUACAAUAAUUUAGCGAAAUAAUCCGAGUAUUAGUAUGCAAACGUAAAUAUAUGAAUUUAUUACUUAAAAUCGCGUGUGUGUAUCAUUUCGUGGAAGGCUAUAGCGGUUAAGCCAUAUUUACGUUUAUAGGAUCGAUAUAGAAGUUGUUUUGGUAAUAACAAUUUACCAUAGACUUAUUAUUUUGUGAAAAAUAUCUACGACCGUGAUUCUCCUUUCUCGCGAUACAUUUAUCCUUAAACCUCUCAGGGCGCAAUGUAAACCAAUAUCUCACGCUUUCCUUAAAACCUGAUUUCAAGGGGUCCGUAAGUAGUAAAAACGAUUUUUAUCAGACCCGUAUAGAGUCCAUCGAUCGAGAGUUAAAUUCUCGAUGGAAUAACCUCCAUAUAAAAUAAACUCGCAUAAAACUUGAAAACCCUGACACACCAAGAUACGAAACGGAAUUCAAAAGCAAAAGAACUGCCAACGAUAAAUAAUAACCGUAUUCCAUCGAAGUUCACUACAAAGCUUUGACAUUAUACUAUGUAUUUAUACCGUGUGUUCUAGGUUUCUCCCUUAAAAUGGUAUUGGUAUAUUCUGUGAGUAAAAGUAAGAAGAAAUUUCAAUGAAAUUCUAAUAAAUACAUUUUCAAAAUCUAUAAAUUCUAAUCAAAUUUUCCGAUAAAUGAUUUAUAAGGCCAUAUGUACGACGAUUUUUUUCUUAUUUUCACUCACAGUUAUCUUCCGUUUUAAAUAGAAGUUUUAAUAAAAUUCCAAUUGAUAAAUUUUUAGAAUACAGAAAUCCAAACUAAACGUUUAUUACGAGAAGCUACGUUUUUACGACAUUUUUUCUUAUUUCUACUCACACAAUGAAUAUCGGUUUGCAAAGAAAAAAAAAAACACACAUACUGGGAGAUCUCACAAUGUCAAAGAUGUACAAAUGAACGAAACGCAAUCCGGAAAAGGGGCUCAAAUAGAAUUUACGGAGCGAAUCCAGCCGGGACGGCCGAAUUUGAACAGUUCCCCCCGACGCUCGACCGCUUAAUUUACGCCGCGAUCGAAUCGUCCCGAUAGCCAGCAGGCUACAUAAAGAAUCGGAAAUGGCUAAGCACAGCCGAAUGGAAUAUUCGUGCCACCUGUAAGAACGCCAUCCUGACGCGCUGGUGAAAGCGGUCAGAAUACAUCCGACGAUCCCUUUCGUGUAUUACUUCCGCGCCCCUCGGUGAUCGGCUGGCAGACAGCUGUGAAAAAUUAAUUUUCCCCGAAGCAGCCGAUCCCUCGGCAGUCGACUCAAAUCGAGGGUGAAAACAGUGAAAACAGAAAACAGCUACGGUCCUACUGACCCAGAAGCCGUGGUUCUCCCAUUCAUGGACCAUCGUCCGACCGUCCAUCACUUUCAGAGAACUUUCCAAGUUUCGACAGCGAAGUUUGCAACCGAUUGUCACGGCCAGGCCGGAAACUUACUCGCAAGAAUAGAUCCGCCGGGUAUAGAGGCGAUUUGAUAACGCGGCGAUUUUUCAAUUCCCGUUUCAUUUUCCGCCGAUCAACGACAAUAGAAUCAAACUUCCCGAGCUGUCCGGAGUUCUAUAAUCUGCACGUAAAAUUAUAGACGUCUGACAUUGCCAAGUUCAUCGUGUAUGAUCGCUUAAAAGUGCUUCAAGAGAAUUUAAGUUGGAAGUUGAACAUACAGAUUGGCUGAUUUAAAUGUUUGCAUUAAAUUGUUGUUUUAACCAGGAAAUUCGAUCAAUGUCGUGCAGUUAUAAACAUAGUUAAUUUACAUUUAAUCAAAAUGUUAUAAGAAUAAUGUAAGGAAAAUGAGAAUAUUUAACAAAGAUAUUUAAUAUUGUAAUAUUCCCUAAAUCAAAAAAUUCUGAUACAAGUAAUAUUUCCAUGUUCUUAAUGACCUGAGAAUAAAUUUCAUGCAUACGCCUAAACCGAUUACACCACGUGAUACAUAACUUAGUCUCAUUUCGACCAGCCUGCUACACCCAGAUUAAUUCGAUUCGGAUUAAGCGAGCGUUCGAAGGCACGACUAAAGCAGGGCAAAGAAAAUGAACCCAGUAGAAGGGAAGUUUCGACCGACGGAAACCUAGAUUAAAGAGCAAUCAGAGAAAAAAACGAAGAGAAAGGGAAACUGAAAAUGAAAAGAACGAACGGGGAGAAGAGAAAAACCGGACCACCCUCUGACAGUCCAAAAUAUUAGAUUUGAGAGCAUUUCAUUGGACCUACUUUCCCGGUCGGUUAGCCAAGAUUCCACGGUGGCAUUUCGCCCAACUCGUUAGUCAUGGUAGUUAGUCAUGCUACACGGAUCUUGCCCAAGGAACGAAGAAGAGAAAGAUGAAAAAGAGGGAAGCUGUGCUCGAGCAGACGGAGAGCUGGUAGGUCGCGCGAGAAGAAACCAAAAAACGGCCUACCUCUAUUCCUUCUUCGUUCUUCGCGGUGUCCCUUUCUCUGUUUUUUCCUUUCUCCUCCCUCCCUCCCUCUCUCUUUUCCCUCACCUUUUUUCCUUUCCGGUUUCGUGUCACGGGAAUCUCGAUGCGUUCGAGGCGCGCCCCAUCGGCGGCUAUUUUUGUAUGUACAUAGAGACAAGAGCUGCGCAACGUCGAAUGCACAUCACGUUCCUCAGACGCGUAAACGUCCGUCUUCAGUGUCCGUUGUUUUUUGCUGUUCAUUACUCCCGGCUCCUUUUAUCUUGUCUGUCUCUUGAACUUUGUCCAUCUGUCUGUCUAUGAUAAUAUCUCCGCCGGUUUCAUAACAACGAUGCGAGAAAAUACAGUUGUUAAACGAUUUCGGGAUUCUCUCGAACGCAGCUUCCGCUGCUUCGUAACGAACCAAAGCGCGACAGCGUGCCGCAUAUCACGAUGAAGAUGAUGAUGACCGGGCGUCGUCGCUCGAUCGCUCGAGUGCUGGUCCCUCGUUCACUCGAGUCUUCAUCGAUGCUAAUGCGGCGGUGUCGCCUGGGUUUCUUGCUGUGUUUGAGAAAAGUCUGUCGAAUAUAUCAGUGACGUGCAAUAUUUUAUACUUCGUUCAGAAUAUUGCCUAUCUGCGAUAUUAACUUAAUUAUACAAAUACGUACUUGUACUUGAAACAUUGCCAGCUAGACGAAUUAUAGAAAAUUUGAAAAAUUUUAUUUUUGGAAAGUUGGCGAUUAUAGAUAUUGAAAAUGAAUAUCACUGCAUUCUUCUAUAAAUAUUAUUGAAGUAUGUUUGUAUAUUUGAAAUUCUUUUCACUUGUUAACGUAUUCAGCUUUCAAAAAUAUAAGUAGAUUGCCGCUCUACAAAUGAUAUCGCAUGUGAUUAAAUUUCCAACAUUCCCCAGAGAAUAAGUGUGAAUUCGAGAUAACUGUAUCGUAAUCUGCUGUCAGUUUAUGAAGUACGAGAUACCUCGCGAUUCGGAGCAAAUUAAUGCUGAUUUAUUAUAUUAAUCCCCGAAUAACAACGCAAAAGCAAUUUAUCCCGAUUACAACGAUUCUCUAUUUACACGCGAGAUUCCAACAGUAUAUUCGAACGAUACUUUCUCAAACACUAGGAUACCUGUCUAGUACAGCCGCGUAUUCAUGUAUCUGACGUUUAAUGGAGCUAUAGUAACCUGUAGACUAAUUAAGAUUAGAGUUAAGACAAUAUCGACGCGGACGUUUCAUUUUCCUCGAGCGUCUAAGACACAGUUCGUAUACAUACUUACUUCAUUACAUGCAAUUUGGGUAUAUUACGUGCGUUUAUGAAACCGGCUUACGAAUGCGUCCACUGUUUGUGCCAUUUUUACCUUUUCUUCGUCCCCUAUCUGAUCUGUUUCCUGGGCCCUCGUGCAUAAUUAUUUACCAACUAAUAAUAUUAAUGAAUUAACAAGUUACAAGUUACAAGGCGUUUGUUUUAUAAUUUUACUUGUUAAUUGCUAAACUUACUUGUAGAAUUUUAUUUAUCUCGUUAGUAGACUGCGGAUUUUUAUGCAUAUAUGGGAAAAUUAAAAGUGCAAAGACACGGAAUGCGCAUAAUAUGCAAAAGUAAAUGAAAUAUUCAAAGUGCAACACUCGUUAUCAUGUUUAGUAAUUCUUUAUUUGUGUUAAUAAAAAUAUGAAUUUGCAUAAAUAUCCGCGGCCCACAUUUCUUCUCGCUCAUUACUAAACUCGUUCCUAUUACAGGACAAUUUAUUAAUGCUGAUAACUUAUAAUUUGCAACUUAUAAAAUAUCACGAAUAAUAUUAAUUUAAUUGCGCACGAGGGCCGUGAUCAUUUGUAUCCUGAUUGUACUGCGAAAAUCAAAGAGAAAACUAGUGUAACUUGUUUUGUCGUGAAUGUACCGCCUGUACCUACGUGAAUUUUUCCUGUAAAUAUUAGUAUAAUAGUUUCGUGUGUUCAUGGAGUUCAUAGCUGUUCUUUAUGUAUAGCUUCUAGCUUCGCCUUUUCUUCUCGCCUCCGUUAUUCUUGUUUCCUUUCGUCUGUUAUUCUGUUCCCUCCUUUUCUUUUCUUUCUUGUCAAACAUAGAGACGAAAAUUGAAAAUAUCGACGCGAAGUCGGUGAUUUUUGCAUUUCGCUGAUUCGCUGAAUUUUUCCGUAAAAUCGCUGAGCAUGGAAUUGGUCAUUUCCGCGGGAAUAUCGCGUUGAACUAUUAUUCUUCCUUGACGCGGUAGAUCUCCGAAUUUAAUAGUCCUUUCGAAAACUUUCUGCCACCUUUUUCUUAGGUCGAGCGGUGUAUAGCGAGAAAUGGCAAAUCUCGAAUACAAACUAAAUCGACCGACUGAUUUUUUCUGACGUUUAAUAUAACUUAGACAUACUGCAUCGCACACGUGCACAUUCGUAUUUUCUACAAACGACCGUGCGUAGGAUUUUUUCAAUUUUUGAUUAACGACCAGUCAACUUCUAUCACAAAGCUAACAUUAUUAGAACGAACCCUCGUCUUGUGUACCGUUUCAAUACUCUCCGCGAAAUUUCCAUUAAAUUUCGCGGUGGAGCUACGAAUUUAUACACUUAAUAAUUAUAUAUAAAUUAAUUAUAAUAUAAAUUACAAAAUAUAUACAUACUACUACCAUUAUAGUAGUACGUAUAUACAUGCAUACUCACGGGUAAAUAUGUAUGUACGAUUUACUUACAUACACGAAAUAUUUUAAGUAACCAUAUAGAAAUUUCAUACAUUGCUAAUAAAAAUGUUUAAGAUAUCUAAUAAAGUUAUAUUGUAUAUUCAGUAA